UUCCACCAGAUGUCACGGAUCAGAGUUUGACUAUUGUGAGACCAAAGAAGCGUAAAAGCACAAUGUUAGAGCUUCUACCAUGGCAUAAAGAAGUAACCCAAGGUUCCAAUAGGCUUCACAAUAUCAGUGUUGCUGAACGAGAUUGGGCUGAAGCUGCAAAUCGGCUAAUUGAGAAGGUGGAAGAUGAUUCUGAAAUGUUUGAUGAUGUACAACCACUGGUUCGACCUAGAAGAAGGCUUAUAUUGACAACACAGUUGAUGCAACAACUCUUUCGUCCUGCACCAGCAUCAAUACUCUCUGCAGAAGCCACUUUAAACUAUGAGAGUAUACUAUACUUUGUUGCUAAAUUGGCAUUAGGGGACGCAUGCAGCCUGAUCUGUAGUCCUGGAAGUGGUUCAUGUGAACCCCCAAGCAAUGCAAGCAUGGUAUCUGAGAAGGUUAAAAGUUCUGAGAGAAUCGGUGACCUGUGUUUCUCAAAAAAUGUGGAAGAUUUCAUUGGUAGGGCAAGGAAAUUGGAAAAUGAUUUAUCGAGAUUGGACAAGAGAGCAUCAAUUUUAGACCUUCGAGCGGAUUGCCAGGAUCUUGAAAGGUUCUCUGUCAUCAACCGUUUUGCCAAAUUCCAUGGCCGGGGCCAUGCAGAUGGGGCUGAGACCUCAUCAUCCUCUGAUGCAGGUGCAUCCCCACAGAGAACAUGCGCCCAGAGAUAUGUUACUGCACUUCCACUGCCCAGAAAUCUUCCGGAGGGGGUACAAUGUCUGUCACUUUGAUCAUAUAAAUUAAUUGAUUUUUUGCCCCUUCCCCCCUUUUUGGUCAUUGGUGGUCUCCCAUCCCCAAAGCAUUUGUGGUCUCCUUUUUGUAUUUAUGCUGUCAUCCUAUGGGCUGGAUACAGCAAGUGCGAGAAAGGAAAGUAGAGGGGGAAUGAAUUUCUGAUCGGGUCUUCUGAGUAAUCAGGGUUGUCCGUUCCUUUUGAAUGAGGCCAUUGAUGUCAUUUUUUGAGGAAGUAGUCAUAGGCCAUGUAUAUUCUUCAUUUCU